AUGGCCGCGACCCUCCCCGCAAAGUGCUUGAGAAUCCCGUGGACCGGAUGGAAGGUUUCACUCAAUCCCGGGCCCUUCAAUAUCAAAGAGCACGCGCUCGUCAUGAUUCUAGCUUCGUCGGGUUCUUGGAUCCCUUAUGCCAGUGAGGUGGUACCUCAAAUGAAAGCGUUCUACCACAGGGAGAUUAAUCCCUGGGCUGCUCUCCUGUUGAUACAAACAUCUCAGGUGAUGGGUUAUGGGUUUGCUGGUGUGUUUAUGAAGUUUCUCGUGGACUCUCCGUACAUGUGGUGGCCUUCGACUUUAGUUGAUGUUUCUACCUACAGGGCACUUCAUGAAGUAGAAGUGAGACAAAAGGGAGGCCUAACUAAAAUUCAGUUCUUUACGAUUGUGGCCGUCUCGAGCUUUGCUUACUAUGUUGUUCCCAACUACUUCUUCCCCUCGAUCAUGGCCCUAUCGUUCUCCUGCUGGAUUUGGAAGAGCUCAAUCACGGCGCAACAGAUUGGGUCAGGCUUUUCUGGUCUUGGGGUUGGGUCGAUCGGGCUUGACUGGUCGACCAUCGCUGCGAUCGGCAAUCCCAUGGCCAAUCCAGCAUUCACUAUAUUUAACACGCUCGCCGGGUUCAUCCUCGCGAUUUACGUCGUAACUCCCCUCGUUUACUGGAGGAAUGCAUACAAUGCAAGAAGAUUUCCUAUUUUCAGCGCGGGGACAUUCGACGAGGCCGGUGGAAAAUACAACAUUUCAAGGGUACUGGACAGCAAAAGAUUUGAGCUGGAUAAGAGUGCAUAUGAGGAAUACUCACCAUUGUACAUGAGUGCAUUCCUGGUGGUUGCCUAUGGUUUUAGUUUUGCGGCGAUAACAGCUACUCUAGUCCAUGUGGCUCUUUACAACGGGAGGUCGAUAUGGCGACAGUACAAACAAGCAAGUUCCAGUUCAAGUAGACCGGAUGACAUUCACACUCGAUUGAUGAAGAACAACUACAAGUCCAUCCCGCAAUCGUGGUUUAUCGUGCUACUGUUAAUGAUGCUUGGUUUAUCAAUACUAACAGUUGAAGGAUUCGACAAACAAUUCCAACUUCCUUUUGUGGGGGUCCUGCUGGCAUGCGCCAUGGCUUUUAUUCUCCUCCUACCUUUUGGUGUUCUCGAGGCUACAACAAGCAGGGGUCUAGAUCUAGCUAUUAUUUCAGAAAUGAUUAGUGGGUACUUGUAUCCUGGAAAGCCCCUGGCAGCAUUUGCAUUCAAAUCCUAUGCUACGAGUUGCAUGGGACUUGCGCUAAAUUUCCUAAAAUCUUUCAAGUUUGGCCACUACAUGAAGAUCCCUCCGAGGUCAAUGUUCAUCGUCCAGAUUGUCGGCACGGUGAUCGCAUGCUCAGUAGACUUUGCGACAGCGUGGUGGCUCCUUUCAACAGUCCAUGGCAUUUGUGACCUCGAUAAGCUUCCAGCGGGGAGCCCCUGGACGUGCCCGAGCCAAACACUAACCAACAGCCGCAUCAACAUUUGGGCUGUGAUUGGGCCGGCACGCAUCUUCGGAUCCCUAAGCGUUUACUCAAGCCUCUACUACUACUUCCUCUAUGGUGCCUUCGCGACGGUCUUGGUUUGGAUCAUCUCGCGCUUAUUUCCUAAAGAAGAAUGGAUCAGGCAAGUCAAUGUUCCGCUGAUUUUUGCAGCGUCCACGCAGAUGCCGUACGCGAAGCCUGUGAACUACUGGUCAUGGUUUAUCGUCGCGUUUUUCUUCAACUAUGUGGUGUAUAGGAAGUGGAAAGUGUGGUGGAGUAGAUACAACUACGUGUUGUCGAACGCGCUCACCUGCGGCGUCGCAUUAAUGGCCUUGCUGGGGAGUAUUUUCCAGUUCAAUGGCAUCAACGGGAUCGGCUGGUGGGGGCAAGCUGUGAGUGAUCAUUGCCCCUUAGCUCAUUGUCCCACAGCUCCAGGAAUUGAAGCUAAAGGUUGCCCCCUUCACCAUUAA